AUGCGACUGCAGCAGGACUCGGGAAACACUCGCUGCAACCCGACCACGGCUCUCACAAAGACUACCCACCAGGAACUUGCGCCGCCUCCCCGAGCGGCACCAACGCCUGCCAAGAAUCUUCUGGGCCUUCGUGGUGCAGGCAUGGACGACGUGGACGUGUGGGCCAAAGAUCUGCGUCAGCAGCGCAUGGCUUCAAGGAACUCGUCGCAGAUUCUAGCGAGCCAAAACAACGCUCGCGAAACCUCCUUCUUAGGCGACUCUUCAACUCUGAUGAAGCAUCCCAAGCAAGUUGAGAGGAACCAGUCCAACCUCCUGAAGUGGGAGAUCGAACAUGGAUCCGACGCGCAGAAGGAUGCUGCUCCGCCGCUCCAGGUUCGCAACCAGGAGAACAACUAUUCCGUCUUCUCUGCACGGGACGACCCUGCUGCUUCAGCUUCGCUGAAGAGCCCUCGCGCAUGUACGCAAGCUGGCGACGGUACAGGCCCCACUCUCCUUGCCGGCGGCGCAAAAGGCACCACGGCGCCGAGAGCACUCGGUUUGCGCAAAGAGUCGGCCAAUCAGGCCAUCGAGGCCAUGAUGCAGGAGGAGUGUGGGUAUCGAACUCGCGAGGCCAUUGCCGACAGGUCACGGGCUGCACGUGGCUUCCGGUGGUUCUGA